CUGUAGAGGGGAAACACAUCAAGCAGUGCUUUGAAGAACAGCGCCACAUGACGAAGUGUCAAAUUUACUUAAUAACAGAUUCCUUUCGGUGGAGUGGAGGUAAAUUUUUGAAAAGGAUCUCUUUGCUUCAAUGUGUCUGACAGAGGAGUCUGGUGUUUUCCAUUGUCAAACACGUACCAGAUGACCAUCCUUGUGUCCACGCUGAUUCAGAGCAAAGCUAAGUUGCAGGUAAAGUGUCUGUGUAUGAUAAUGUUCCUGAGCUUCCCUCUGACUAUGGCUGAGGUCCCUGGCCCAUGCAGACACUCCAUCACUAGGGAACACCUGCUGACAGUUAGGCAACUGAUGGAUAACCAGUUAAGAAGUGGGUGUUCAAUAAACUACACAUUCAUAGAACGGAGGAGUUUGAGCAAAUGUUGCUUUGUAAAAGCUGCAUUACCCUGGAUCCUGGAGCUCCUUACGACCCACUUCAAAUACAUUCGGGGUUCAGUUAAUGAUGGCUAUGUUCAGUCCCUGAGGGCGCUCAUCCUCAACAUCUAUUCUCAGAAAUGUGUGCCUUGGAUUAAUGAAGAGAUUGAGGAUAAACCAGAGAGUUUUGAAGUGCUCUACAGAGGGUCUCCUUCAGAUGCAUUACAGAAGGUCUCAGAAGUCUUAACGGUUUACUGGGAGCUGGUGACGACGAGCGAUGCACCGGUUGACUGGAGGUGCCAGCAUGAAUACACAGAAACCUUUGGCUCUACCACAGAGUUAUACACAGAGUUAUACACAGAGUCAAUCACACAACAUUUUACAGACAGUUAUGAUAGAGAUUCUGUGCAGGCCUCUCAGAGAGAACCAGUCAGUGACCUGUACAAGCUGGGUUUCAUCAUCGCAUCUAUCUGUGGAGGACUGCUGUUCAUUCUUACUCUCUACUGUCUCAUCGCACACAAGAAAACUCACAGCCCUUAUGGAUCAAGAUUACAAACAAACACAAGCACAGACCUGCCGGACAUAGAAAUUGAGGGACAGUAAUGCAGUCACUGCAGCAGCAGACAGAGCACUUGUGAACCUGAGUUUUUGUGUCAGUAUAUGUGUAAUGUAUCAUGCACACCUUUUGGAUAAAAAGCUUUGCUUUAUCUGAGACCAAAGAUGGAACUUAUUGUUAAUAAUGUGGUAUGUAUAUUAUGUUUAUGCAUAUUCUAUUGCAGAUAACUUUUUGAUUUCACUAAAAAAAAGUGUUUUUUACAGUAGUUAUGAAUGUUGAAAUUAUGUGUCUCUAUUUGCUACAAGUUAACAUCAUGUUUUUAAUGUUAUUUGCCAAACAUUUCCAAGAGUUAUUUAUUUUCGUCACUUUAUUCAAUCACUGUAUUGGUAAUAAAAGUUAACCAUCGAUAACCAGCUGAAAAUUUAUUUAGCUCUCCAGCUGUCCAGUUCAUAUCUGAACACAAUACAUUCACAUCUACAGAGCGGGUCAUGUUCUCAUUAAAGGAUUUAUAGCCACUU